AUGAGAGCAACGAAGAAACGGCAACUCGUGAUAAAAAAGAGUAUAGCUCCAAGUGUCUCGGUAAUUCGAACUGUUCAUUACGGGCAGUGCUUGAAGAACCACGCGGCUAAUAUUGGUCUGUACGCUGUGGACGGCUGCAGAGAGUUCAUGGCAAGUGGAGAUGACGGUACACGAGGUGCUCUGACGUGCGCCGCCUGUGGCUGCCACCGGAAUUUCCACCGGAGAGAUGUAGACGAGAUUGCU